GCUGAUGCUGCGAGGAGCAAUUUAUUGUGACUUCCAUCAGGUUGAAAUGAAACGCGGCCAAGCAGAAGGGACAAGGACGCUGAAAUAACUCAAAGGAGGACGAUAAAGCUCAUCUGAGAUGCUCGACCUUUUUCUCCUCCAGCAAGGAAUUUGCGUCCGGUGUUUGUGUUUCAAUGCACUUGUCUCGCUCUAUUCGUAUAACGAACAAAAUUGUUUGGCACUGAACUAAGUCGAAACAGAUGCAACGGUUUUAUGAACUGCGCAUACACAGAUUCAUUCACAGGAUUACCGGUGUCAGUGUAUGAAACUGUGCAGCAGUGACAUCCUCAUCUGAGAAGCACGGGGGAGACAGCUGCUCCCACAGACUUCAGGACUUCAUAAACUGUCCACAUAAGAUCAUAUGAGUGCAGCUUUCAGUACACCGUUCAUGAUGAUGCAGCGUCCGGUGGGAAGCACCACCGCAUUCAGCAUUGACUCGCUCAUCGGAGGUCCACCGCAGCCCAGUCCGGGACAUUUCGUGUACACGGGCUAUCCCAUGUUUAUGCCCUAUCGGUCAGUGGUGCUACCUCCGCCUCCUCCGCCACCUCCUCCCACACUUCCUCAGAGCGCUCUCCCCGCGACCCAUCCGCACCACCCGAUCCCGGGGUUACCUAGUGGGUUCUGCUCCAGCCUGGCGCAGGGCAUGGCGCUCACAUCCACGCUAAUGGCCACGUUACCCGGCGGCUUCUCCACCUCGCCGUCUCAGCAGCACCAGGACGCGGCGAGGAAGCUCGGCUCUCAGUCAAUUCACGCCAUGUUCGAUAAAUCUCAGGAUAUUCGUUUGGAUGGAGAGGAUGGGAAAACAUUCCCAACUAAAGAUUCAGCGACUCUUCCGUCAUUUCACGACACGCAGUCGAUGCACACCUCUACAGUGCGAGGUCACAACAAAGACGACACGAAGGAGGAUGAGUGUCACAGGAAAGACGAGAGCUUCUCCAUGGACAGUGAUUUAGAUUACAGUUCCGAUGAUAACGGGCCCAGUAACGCCAUGUGUCAGAAGGAAGAUGGAGACGGCAACGGUGGACUGGACGAUGGCGUCCACGGCGGGAAUGGGGCCGGGAACACCACGUCCACCGGGAAAAAUCGGAGAAGGAGGACCGCUUUUACGAGCGAGCAGCUUUUAGAACUGGAGAAGGAGUUUCACUGUAAGAAAUAUCUGUCCCUCACAGAACGCUCACAGAUCGCACAUGCCUUAAAGCUCAGCGAGGUGCAGGUCAAGAUCUGGUUUCAGAACCGGAGAGCCAAGUGGAAACGGGUCAAAGCGGGCAACGUGAACUCCAAAACCGGAGAGCCCUCCAGAAACCCGAAAAUCGUGGUGCCCAUUCCGGUGCAUGUUAGUCGGUUUGCGAUACGCAGCCAACACCAACAGUUAGAACAGGCCAGACCUUGAUACACUGGGUUUAGAUACUAGAGGACUAAAUCAGCGAAUACUAAAUAUGACCAAACUGUUCUUGAGGCUGAUGUUUCUGAGGAACCCAGGACACGCAAGCUAUCCAGCUGAUAGUUUGUGCUAUAUAUAGUUUUUCGUUUUAACGACAGCGUUGUUCAAACGAGGAAAAAAGAAGCAACAGACUCAGCCCGAACGAAAGGUUCAAACUAAGACCUCAUACUGGGAGAAACUGCAGUUUGAUUUCCAACUUUGGACCAAACCACGAACAAAUUUUAGUUCAGGAAACUCCACUAUGUAUUUAAAAGAAAAAGAUCAGUUUUAUGUUUAGUUCUGUGUGACUGUCUAGUUCUUGUGUUUUUGGCAGAGAUGAAUAUUAUCCUAAAAGGAGCACUUCUGGUCUCUGCUGAAGAACACCUAAUUCAAUUAAUAUUCAAAUUAACACCAUUCCCUUGAAUUUAUGAAACGACCUGUUAAAUAUGUGCUCUUUAUUUUUUAUGGUAAAUUGCCUAUAUUUUAAUUUUCUGUUUGUUUUCUUGCAUUUUCCUUUUUUCUGUAACCUUUUCAGACGUCACGGGCACGCUGCUAAUUUAUUUAAUAUUGUGAGAAAAAAAGACUUGCUAACGUUUCAUGAGUUUACUGACUUCAGAAUAUUGUGUGGAUUAAA